AUGGCGGAAUUUAUCCGGUCUGAGAUUCUGGGCACCACCUUCGAGACCACUAGCAGGUAUGCGAACUUACAACCCGUCGGUCUCGGUACCGCAGGCAUCGUAUGUUCCGCCUAUGACUUGAUCUCCGAGCAAGCGGUUGCCGUUAAGAAGAUGAUGAAGCCCUUCGACAGCACGGCCAUUGCGAAGCGAACGUACCGAGAAGUGAAGCUCCUGAAGCAUCUGCGACACGAUAACUUGAUCAACAUGAGCGACAUUUUCAUCUCUCCGCUGGAAGACGUCUACCUCGUCACCGAACUUCUUGGGACAGACCUGCACCGGCUCCUCAGCGCAAAGCCCCUAGAAGGCAAAUUCGUCCAGUACUUCACAUACCAAAUCCUUCGUGGAUUAAAAUACAUACACUCUGCGGGCGUUAUCCACCGCGACCUGAAACCGGGCAACAUCCUCAUCAACGAGAACUGCGAUCUCAAGAUCUGUGACUUCGGGCUUGCACGGCUGCAGGAACCUCAGAUGACCGGGUAUGUGUCAACGAGGUACUACCGCGCACCGGAGAUCAUGUUGACCUGGCAGCGGUAUGGGAAGAAGGUUGAUAUGUGGAGUGUCGGUUGCAUUGUCGCGGAGAUGUUGCUGGGUCGGCCGUUGUUCCCAGGGACGGACCAUAUUAAUCAGUUCUAUCUCAUCACGGAACUUCUAGGGAAUCCGCCGGAUGAGGUCAUUGAACGGAUUACAACGAAGAAUACUCGCCGGAUGAUGCAGUCUCUCCAAAAGUUCAAGCCAAAACCACUCAGGGAGGUGUUCCCGGCCGCUGACGACGAAGCCAUCAACCUUCUCGAAAAACUCCUUGUCUUUGACCCAGACCAACGCUAUUCCGCUGAACAGGGUUUGAAACACCCAUACAUGGCACCGUACCACGACCCUAUGGACGAGCCCGUCGCAACUGAAAAGUUCGACUGGUCUUUCAAUGACGCCGAGCUUCCCAAAGAGACGUGGAAGAUCAUGAUCUACUCCGAAGUCCUCGAUUUCUUCCAAAUGGGAACCCUCCCCAAUGAUACCCAACCCAUCGACCAGACCCAGCCCCAGUUCCAACUCCCUACCGACCUAUUCCCUGACAUCGACCUCCAAGAGCUUCCAGCAACCAUAGACCCGACUACGUUUGCGCAAAUGGAUUUCUUCGCCGACGGGCAGUUGCCUGUGUAA